CAUACAAGAGAAGAAGAAGAAGCAUUUGAUAUUAUAGGAAGAGAAUGUCUUUACAUGAAAUAACAAAGAUGGAAGGAGGUAGCACCUCAAGCAAAGCCGGUGGCAGCAGCGCAACCGAUAGGAUAUGCUCUUCAUCGGAGAUGGUUCAGCUCAUUCAAAAGGUUAUUGCUGAAGCCAUUGGAACAUACAUGUUAAUCUUUGCUGGGUGUGGUUCGGUUGUUGUCAAUAAGAUAUACGGUUCAGUAACAUUUCCAGGGAUUUGUGUAGUAUGGGGUUUGAUUGUCAUGGUCAUGAUUUAUUCUCUUGGCCACAUAUCUGGGGCUCACUUUAAUCCAGCAGUGACUAUAACUCAUUCAAUCUUUAGACGUUUCCCUCUCAAACAGGUGCCUCUAUAUAUCUUGGCGCAGUUUUUAGGAUCAAUUCUUGCUAGUGCUACGUUAUGUGGUAUUUUUACUGUGCAUAAAGAGGAUUUCUUUGGAACAGUGCCGACUGGAUCCAAUUUGCAAUCUCUUGUUAUCGAGAUCAUCAUCUCCUUUCUUUUGAUGUUUGUAAUUUGCGGCGUUGCCACAGACAAUAGAGCAAUUGGAGAAUUGGCAGGAAUUGCUGUUGGAAUGACAAUACUUCUAAACGUCCUUGUUGCCGGGCCAGUAUCUGGGGCAUCUAUGAACCCAGCCAGGAGUCUUGGGCCUGCUCUUGUAGUGCAUGUAUACAAGGGACUUUGGGUUUAUAUUAUAGGGCCACCCAUAGGGACCAUUUUUGGUGCUUUAGCCUAUCAUAUCAUUAGAUUCACUGAUAAACCACUCCGGGAGAUAACCAAGAGUUCAUCUUUCCUAAAAAGCAUGUCCAGAGAAUAAUGCUUGCAGCAAGUUAAUCACCAAUUUUAUCACUUUUUGUGUUACCCAUUACUACAACCUUGUCAUGCUAGCUACUAGUUCCUCAUAUUAGGUAGAGCCGUAGAGGAGGAAAAUAAAGUUCAACAUUGCUGUUUUGUUUACUUGAUGAAACAAAACAUAGCAAUAGUUUUCACUUUUAUAUAUAUAUAU